GGAUGUAACAAGACUAAAAGCUCUAUAAAUAUCCAGUGAUUCUGCAGUAAGGACUGAAGGUGCUGGCUGAGAAGACGGAUCAUUCUGCAUCAGCUUGCAAAUUUGCAUCUUUUCAUCAUCUCCACCAUGAAGUUGUUGGCUGUGUUCCUCCUGGUUUCCUCUGCGGUCGCUCAGGCCACACAUUUUGACUCGAUCCAGACAUCCAUCACCUGUCCUUCUGGCUGGACUCUGAUCUACAGUCGCUGCUUUCUCUAUGUUCCCAAUUACAUGACUUGGGCGGAUGCAGAGAAAAACUGUCUGUCCAUGGGGGCAAACCUUGCAUCAGUUCACAACCCGUACGAGUACCAUCAGGUUCAGAAUCUGAUAGCUGCAGCAGGUCACGGGUCCAAAAAAGCAUGGAUUGGAGGCUCUGAUGAGGAGCAGGAGAAGACUUGGUUGUGGAGCGAUGGAAGCCCGAUGAUCUACACAAACUGGUGUCGAUGGCAGCCUGAUAAUCGUUUUUCCAGCCAGCACUGUCUACAGAUAAACUAUUCAGUUGGAAAGUGCUGGGAUGACUCCUGGUGUGAUUUCUGUCGGCCUUCUGUCUGCGCCAAAGAGAUCUGAAAAAAAGGUUCCCAAAGAGGCCUGAUGUGUAAAACAGAACCAGUGCAACCUAAGGAAUGAAGCGACAAGCAAACAGCUGCUGGAUUGUCUCUCUGUAAUAAGAUCAGACUGAAUGAGUUAUAAUAAAAGAUCAUCUAAGCAAAACUUUAUUCUAUUCUUUGGCUUAGCAAGAAUAAAACUCUGAGCAAUCAAAA